AUGAGUUCCAUCUCUCUUAUCUUCUCUGUGUUUCUUCUCUUUCUUAUUCUCUCGGUUUCUUCACGCACAGGAGAAGCACGUCCUUCCUUCGCCUGUGAUCCACAAAAUACAAACACCAAGACCCUACCUUUCUGUAAGGCGUCUCUACCGAUACCAAACAGGGUGAGAGACCUCAUCGGACGGCUGACAUUGCAGGAGAAGAUCCGUCUCCUCGUUAAUAACGCGGCCCCAGUGCCGAGACUUGGUAUCAGUGGUUACGAGUGGUGGUCGGAAGCUCUUCACGGGGUCUCCAACACAGGUCCCGGUGUUAAAUUUGGUGGUAAAUUCCCUGGCGCCACUAGUUUCCCACAAGUCAUCACCACCGCUGCCUCCUUCAAUUCUUCCUUAUGGGAACUAAUCGGACGGGUGGUGUCCGAUGAAGCAAGGGCCAUGUACAAUGGAGGAUCGGCGGGUCUCACAUACUGGAGCCCAAACGUGAACAUAUUCAGGGACCCUAGGUGGGGCCGGGGCCAGGAGACUCCUGGUGAAGAUCCUGUUUUAGCCUCCAGGUAUGCUGCUAGCUACGUCAGAGGACUCCAACAGCCCCACGGUAGAGACGGUAACAGGUUAAAGGUCGCAGCGUGCUGCAAGCACUACACAGCCUACGACAUGGACAACUGGAAUGGUGUCGAUCGUUUCCAUUUCAAUGCAAAGGUUAGCAAGCAAGAUUUGGAGGAUACAUUUGAUGUGCCAUUCAGGGCAUGUGUGGUGGAUGGGAAUGUGGCGAGUGUGAUGUGCUCUUACAAUCAGGUUAACGGAAAACCUACCUGCGCCGACCCCAACCUCCUCCGCAACACCAUACGUGGUGAAUGGCGCCUUAACGGGUACAUCGUUUCAGACUGUGAUUCUGUUGGGGUUUUUUACGAUACCCAACACUACACUGCAACACCUGAAGAUGCAGCUGCGAUCGCCAUUAAAUCAGGCCUAGAUUUGGACUGUGGACCUUUCCUUGCAGUCCACACAGAGCAAGCCGUGAAGACAGGGAAGCUGAGCGAGUUGGAUGUGAACGGUGCCUUGAUUAACACCCUAACCGUUCAGAUGAGAUUGGGCAUGUAUGAUGGAGAGCCAUCGGCACAGCCAUUUGGGCAUUUGGGCCCACGGGCAGUAUGUACCCCGGCCCAUCAACAGCUUGCCCUCGAGGCCGCCCGACAAGGCAUUGUCCUAUUGAAGAACCGUGGGACAUCCUUGCCUCUCUCACGUCUUCGCCACCGUACGAUCGCCGUGAUCGGGCCCAACUCUGACGUCACGGUCACCAUGAUAGGGAACUAUGCGGGUGUACCAUGUGGGUACACAACUCCGCUGCAGGGGAUCGGGAGAUACGCUAAGACCAACCAUCAACCGGGAUGUAGCGACGUCGCAUGCAGCGGCGGCCAGCUAUUCGGUGCGGCAGUGAACGCUGCUCGUCAAGCGGAUGCGACGGUGCUUUUGAUGGGUCUGGAUCAAUCCAUCGAGGCUGAGUUCAAGGAUCGGGUUGGGCUACUCUUACCGGGACGCCAGCAAGAGCUCGUUUCCAUGGUGGCCAGGGCUUCCAAGGGUCCCACUAUACUGGUAUUGAUGAGCGGUGGGCCCAUCGAUGUUUCAUUUGCUCAGAAUGAUCCACGUAUCUCUGCUAUUCUCUGGGUUGGGUACCCUGGCCAAGCGGGAGGGACAGCCAUUGCUGAUGUGGUUUUCGGAACAACUAAUCCAGGAGGAAAGCUACCCAUGACGUGGUAUCCGCAAGACUACGUGGCCAAGCUGCCCAUGACGACCAUGGCCAUGCGGUCCAACCCGGCCACCGGUUACCCAGGGAGGACCUACAGGUUCUAUAAGGGCCCUGUUGUAUACCCCUUUGGGCAUGGACUGAGUUACACCCAUUUCGUACACACCAUUGCCGCCGAUGCUCCAAAAGUAGUCUCAGUUCCUCUCGGCGGUGGACAUUCUGGCCGGAACACCACUUUCUCAGGGAACUCAGUAAGGAUUAAACACGCUAAAUGCAAUAGGCUCUCAGUUGGGUUACAAGUCGAGGUAAAGAACACUGGCUCCAUGGAUGGAACUCACACUCUACUUGUUUACUCGGAGUCGCCGGCCGGAAACUGGGCACCUCACAAACAGUUGGUGGCAUUUGAGAAGGUGCAAGUUCCGGCGGGUUCUAAACAGCGAGUUGGGAUCAACAUACAUGUCUGCAAGUAUCUCAGUGUUGUGGACAAGAAUGGAAUUAGAAGAAUUCCCAUGGGUAAACAUAACCUUCAUAUUGGUAAUGUUAAGCAUCCCUUCUCUCUCCAAGCUUUGCCUCUUGGGGAGAUCAAAUCAUAGUACAC